AAAUGGCAACAAAAAACUCGACAAAACCCUGAAACUAACAUGGACACCUUAUUUCAUCGCCGUUCCAAUCUCAUCAAUAGCGUUACAGCGACAGCAUGAAGUUCGCGGUGAAAGCAUGGAGCAACGGAACGGCACGGGCCGGCGUGAUCCAUCUGAGCAGCGUCGCCGCCGCCAUCGACACGCCUUCGCUUCUCCUUUCCACUCGAAAAGGCCUGCCCUUGUUUAUCCCCCCUGACCUUCUCCCUUCCCUCCCUUCUCCUGACUCCCGUCUGCUCCACGUCAGCCCCCUUCACUUCCUGGAAGGCCUUUAUCAAACAAUAUCGAAAAUUGGAGGGCUUCACCAACUGGUUGGUUUGCAUGACUGCGGCUUCGCCGCUUUUCCGAGGGAUUCCAUUCAAUGCCUUCCAGAAGCUACUGCCGCUAACAAAACUGGGGCGUCUUUCGAGACUCCUUGUGGUCGUCUUCUGGUCAAACCUGCUGAAUAUACGGAAAUGGUAUCUUCCAUGAAACCAGAGUUGUGGGCUACUUUGGCUGAUGAAGUGCCUGCUUGGGUGUCUGAUAAAAGGAACAAAACCUCGGUCGACCGGACUAUCAAAUGGCUUGAUGAAUGCAUUGCAUUAAGCCCUGCGAGUGGAGCUGUUUUUGGAGCUAUUGUUGGGGGUUCUAGUUUGGAAGAAAGGCGACGAUGUGCCCAAGAGGUAGCAGCAAGAAACGUAUCAGGUUAUUGGAUUGGAGGGUUUGGUCUUGCGGAAAGCAUGGAUGAGCGCCCUGCUCUGCUUAAUGCUGUCACUGAAGCCUUGCCAGAGGAAAAACCACGGUUGAUAUGUGGGCUUGAACUACCAGAGGAAAUAUUGCAGGGCGUUGCUGCAGGUGUUGACCUUUUUGAGUCGACGUAUAUUUACCAUCUUACUCUUGAAGGCUUUGCACUCACCUUUCCUCUAGAUAGAGCAAGGAUAAAUGCAUCAAACCUUGCACCAAAUGAUGCAGGAAGUGACCCCAGAAAAAUUAAUCUGAGAGCCACAGUGUUCAGGAAAGACUUAACACCGAUCGUUGAAGGCUGUACGUGUUAUACAUGCCAAAAUCACACCCGUGCCUACAUUAAUCAUCUACUCAAUGUUCACGAAAUGUUGGCACAAACUCUGCUGGAAAUACACAAUACCCACCAUUUUCUGGGGUUUUUCGGGUUGAUAAGGGAAGCGAUUAAGGCUGGCCGAUUUGAAGAAUUUCGUAAGGAUUUUGUUCGAAGUGGAUAUGAUCAUCUUGUUGAAGACGGCUCUGAAGGCGUGCUUUUAGCCAGAUGAUACUUGUGUUUUAUUAAUUAACAAAUUAUUCCUUUUAUCAUUGGUAAACCAUAUCUUGUU